CCCCCCUCAUUUGGAUUCAGUUUUGGAGAGCGAGAGGAUGGCAAACAUGUAGUGGAACAACUGACCGUGAUCAUUGCAAGCAGCGCAGCAUGAGAGGACGUUGUGAGCGUUUACAGGGUGCGAAUAGCUGAUGGGAGAAACCCGAUGAAUCAAUGAACUUUGAUCAACACCAUGACGGCGUGUGGCUGUCAAGUUCCAGACAGUGGGUGCGCGCUGGAUCCAGAAGCAACGACAGGAUGAACUGAGACAUUACGCGCGAGAGGUUGCCACGGGCAAGCGUUAGAUUUGACCUCUGUGGAAAUCAUUUCUGAGACAAACAACUUGGUGAGGAUGUAUCAAUGAAGAAUGUGACCGCGCCUGACUCUCUCCACACGGGGUGGAUGAAGCCCUCGGCGGUGUCAUGCGUCUUGCCCCGCAGCCAAACGCGCAACCCUUGCGGCUCAUAGUUCUGUUUCUCCUCACCGCGGGGGUGAACGCAUCCCCGGUGAUCUCUUCGGGCUGCCCGGACAGGUGCGUGUGUGAUGACCAGCUCGUGGUUCAAUGCGCUGGGCAGCACCUGACCACCUUCCCGGUCAACUUGCCGCUGGCCACGCGGCAGCUCAUCAUCUCCAACAACCGUAUAGUGGAGCUGCCGCCGCUCGCGCUCAACUACCUCUCCGAUCUGGUGUACCUGGACUGCAGCAACAAUUCCCUCACGGAGAUAUCUGAGUCCACGUUUGGGAAUCUACGGAAGCUGGCCUACCUGGACCUCUCCUUCAACACCUUGAUCCGGAUCGAGGACCGGACGUUCGGCCCCUUGGCGAGCCUGGUGAUGCUGAGGAUGACCGACAACCCGGGGCUCUCGGAGAUUCACCAGGACGCCUUUUUGGAGAACGCGGCCCUGCAGGUGUUGGAUGUGAGUCGGAACAACCUGACGGUCCUCAACAUCACCUCCCUGAUCGCGCUGCCUGCGCUGCGCUCGGUGGGGCUCAGCGGGAACCCGUGGAGCUGCGAGUGCGACAACGAGGACCUGUGCCUGUGGGUCCACUUGGAGGGCUUCAAGUUCCAAGAUGAGGGCCAGACGGUGUGUGGCUCACCUGCUGACAUGCAGGGCCGUCGCAUGGGUGAGGUGGGCAUCCAGCUACGGACGUUGUGUCACCAGACUCUGGGCUCCUGGGACUACCUUUUCUUUGUCCUCAUCGGCUUUGUCAUAUUUGCCGCUGGCACCGUGUCGGCCUGGGUGAUGGGCGUCAUUAUGGUGCUCUAUGAGCGCUACAUCAAGAAGAAAGACGAACAGCUGGAUCCGGAUGACGAGGAGGAGUCCGGUGAGACGGGUCACACGUCGCAUGCCAGGAGUGACCAUGGCAACGGGAAUUUGAAAACGUCACAUACUGUUUAAAAUGUUUAAUCCCACUCUGCCCAUCGUGGAUUCCUACAGUGCCUCCUGUCAACUUCCAGGACUGUCUGUGAAGUCUAAUUACACUCCAGUCAAAGUGAGUCUGUUCAACAGGCUCGGCUCUGAAAGAGAAAAGAGAGGAUUCAACAGAAAUGUGGAAUGCCAUUCUUCGCAUUUGUAGUGGGCUUUCAGGUGAUGUAACACACACUCUGGCUGCCAUUGUGGAGGUCCCUAAUCAUUGGGUAUUACUGACCAUGUAUGCAAACACACACACAUAGCUGUUUCCUUUAUUACCAGGCUUUAUCUUAAGCUAAGCAGCUGCAGCCUAUUGCUUUAUAUUUGAUAGGGCGAGUGGUAUCAAUCUCCUCAUCUUAAUCUUGGUAAUACAGCUUACAAGAGUAUUCCCAAAAUGUCCAACAAAGGAGCAGCAGUAUUAAUCAACGUCCAGCUCAGACCAUCAUGAUUUCAACCCAAUCGUCAGAAAAAAUGUUGGCAUUGUAUGUUUUUGCAAACCACCGUUAUGUUACAUUUGCACAUUAUUUCUAGUGGAUAUGUCCAUGUGUCUGCUUUUUGUGACUUUAUCCUGGCAAGAACCACAGCAAUGCGUUGCUAAAAAACACCCACAUUUGGUGACAAAAAAGCAGCUACAAUGUCAAUAAUGACUCAUUAAAACACAACAGUUUUUGUUGUUUGUUGGUCUGGUCAGCUCAUGUACCACGUCACUUUAGACGUGUUGAUAUGCUUCAUUUGAAAUGUACAAAUGUAACAUAUUUAUGGUUUGCAGAAACAUACAAUGCCAAAAUUUUCUUCUGAUGACUGGGCUGCCUAUUUCCAGUCUUGACCUAGCUAAGCUAAGCUAAGCUAAGCUAAGCUAACUGGCUGCAGACUGUAGCUUUAUAUUUAACAGACAAAUAUGAGAGUGGUAUUAAUCUUCUCAUCUAACUCCUGGCGAUACCACAUAUGAAGAGUAUUUCCCAAAAUGUCCAACUAUUCCUUUGACAACCAUCUGGGUCCAGCUGUAACCAACAAAGGAGCAGCAGUACUCAUCAAAGUCUAGCUCAGACCGUCAUAAUUUCAGCUACUGGGAACAAACAUGUCAUAUUAUAAAUUAUGUAUAUACAGGUUAAAUAUAUACACAUGCUACUAUUUACAAUAAGAGUCCCUCUCUAAUCGAAUAAUAUUGUUUGUGCUCAGUAUAUUUACCAGUGGACCUCCAUAAUGGCAACAAACAUAGCAAGAAGAUUGUGACUCAGCUUCACAGCCUCUACAGGAAAUUUAAACUGGUGUGGUCAUUCUACUCAUAGGUAUAAAACGAGAGGAUUAAAUGCACUCAUAGAAUGCAUUUAUGUCAGUGUAGAUGAAUAAAUGUGUGCACAUGCAUGUACGCACUAGUGUGUGUACCAUGCAGCUGCAGGUUGCAUUCAGCUUUUGCAGAUGUGAACGUGUCCAUCUUUGGUCCAGUGGUGUGUGGUUCUGUGCUGAUAGUUCACCUCCCCUCAUCUAUUAGCCCAGAAACAAACUGCAGUUGAGGCAUUUUGUGUUGAAGAUCUGUUUGUGAAGUUGAAAGUCGGCGUGUGCCAACUGCUGAGGACUGUUUGGCAGCGGGCCCUGCUGGAUGGCAAGUAAACAGGAGAGUGUGAUAAUUGAUUUCUACUUCAUCCUCUCUUUGUUGGGUAACUGGUUUGAGUGCAGUGUCCUAUCUGUUUCUGCAUGCACUGUUGAUGCACCAAAAAGCCUUAUGAGGUGUGUACAAGCUAAUACUAUUCAUUAAAGGAAGGAAACAGGAUUUACAUACAGUGUAAUCAUUUUAGACUUGUUCUUUAAAAACAUCUGUGCUCCUAAUUUCUCAGUCUUUUAUUUACACGAGAAAUUAUGUGGUCUGUUGCCAGGUUUGUGUAUUUAAAUAACAUAUACAUUUCUAUUCAGUUAAGUCAGGUCUAGCUCUAUCCUGAUACAGGGUCAUGGGGGGGGCUGGAGCCUAUGCCCUCUGACACUGAGCGAGAGGCAGGGUACACCCCGGACAGGCCGCCAGACUAUCACAGGGCUGACACAUAGAGACGGACAACCAUUCACACUCACAUUCACACCUAUGGGCAAUUUUUGAGUCCCCAAUUGACAUAACGUGCCUGUCUUUGGACUUUGUAAGGACGCUGGAGGACCCAGAGAAAACCCACACUGUCCCCCUCCUGCAGUAAUUAAAAUUACUUGACUCAUUUGGAUGGAUUUUGUUUGUUAUUAGAAUACGUAAACCUGACAACAGACCAAAUAAUUUCUUUGAUUACACAAGGAAUUUCCUCCAAACCUGGUGUUGAAUGAAUCUAUAUUUUUACAGCAAUAAGACAGCUGAUGCCGUCAGGUAAAACAGGAAACAGAAUCAUUUCUGCCCUCAGUGCUAAAUAUGAACACCUGCUUUGUUUCAGCUUUUGUCUCCAGUUUCAAAAACUUAGCACAGAAUGACCACUUCCAUAUUUUUGCUUAUCUGGCUGUACCACUUCAUGGACCCUGACAUUGACUGUUAUGAAUUUAGAAUGGAGCUUGCUGGACUCGGGAAAUAGCUGCUGUGAUAUGGUGUGCUCGGUAUGUGUGCUAUAAAUGUAAAAUCUGUUGUGUCUCAGAAUUAUUUUCCUGAUCUAAGAACAAAAUUGACCUUUUGAGGGACCUGGGAGGAGGGGCAUCCUUUCAUGAUGUUUGGACCAGCUGUUUUUCCCCCUCAUUUUAUGCUGUGCAGAUUUUACUUUAUAAAAGUUUUAUUAUGAAAGUGUUUGGGUUCAAAUCUUUGGAUGUAUGAAAGUUACUGAAUAAUGGUGAUAUAUUGCAGCUGCACCAUUAAGGCAAGAGGGCAUUCUGACAUCACAGUGAGAAAAGCACAAACAAUUUAUCAUCAUUAAUAAAAUGAAUGAUGGCUGAGUUCCAUUUAGCUGCUUCAGUUUCAGGGUUUGGGUAUCGUGCAUGCAGCUACACUAUCAUGGCUUACUGGGACACAUGAAUAAAACUGAGCUAAUAUUGUUACUACAAAUUGUGCUUUUUCCACAAUGACAAGUUAUCUUGGCAUUAUUCAACUUUCACUUGUUAUAAAAUGUGGUGAAGACAGAGCGGUUAAUCUGCGCUCUGACUCCACACAAUCUGUCGUCCUUCUGUAAUGUGACCUGAAGUACGACUGAGAAACAUUUCUUCACACAUCUACUGGCACUCCCAUGUGCAUAUUGUUGGGAGCUGGCCAAAAUGAACUACAAAUACAAAGUUACUGGUUUAACUAACAGUAUAAUAGAAGUGCACUCUACAGUAUAAACAUGCUGGUUAUGGAUGGGAGUCAAAUGCUAAGUAUUUUUUUUAUCAUAGCAUGAUAAGCACAGAUGUAAUUAAAAGGGAAACUUCAUGUUUUUCAAUAUGGACCCCAUUUUGCCAUGUUUUAUAUGUCUAACUGACGAAAGUGAACAACAGUUUAUGAAAAUGCAAUGCAGUCACUAUGGGCAAUUGUGCAUCAGCAGUAUAUUGUUAUUAGAAGUGUCUGACAAGAUUAUGGACCUGUCUGAGAAAUGGAAUGAUUUUCCAUACCUCUGUUUGUUAUUGCAACCAAGUCGCACUCAAUGAGACGUCUCUAGACUUGUUGCAUGAAAAACAACGGUGGAAGCGUUCGUGAGAGUUGGAGAGUUAAUUGUGUUGGGAUACAGAAAGCUUAGCUUAGUGUUAGAAGAUUUUCAGCAUCAUGACUGAAUAUUUAAAUAUUCAGUAUUUAACUAACAAUGUGGAAAAGUCUGGGACGUGGCUGGACAACAACUUAAGUUGAGGGGGUGAAAAGCCCUAGUAGGGCGGGCAGGACUUUCACCCUGGAGGGUGUCCACUAUGAAAUUAAAGCCAAACCCUGUUAUUUUUAUCUAAACCUAACCAUGUGCGUGUGUUGGCUAAACGUAACCACAUUUGUUGUUGAGGGAAAACAACGUCAUUUCACAGUGUUGUAUUGACGUUGUGUGUUUAUUUUGAAAGAGACUGUAUUCAAGCUUUACAUUUCCUGUGAACAUGGAAGUGCAUUUUAAAGAGACACAAUGCAUGUAACAGGCUGAAGUUUACACAGUAUCCCAGAACGUCAACAACAGAUGCAUCCAGGCUACACAUCAAAUGUAGACAUGGAAUGUCCACAACCAAGCGGCAAUUUGUGACAAGGUUGGAGUCAAAAUGUGUUGAAAGUCACAGUGCACAUUUGCUCAACCUUUUUUUCCAUACCUUUCACUAGUCUACUGUUAGUGUUAGUAACCAAGCCUCGCCUGGAGAAGUUUCGUUCUGAAACCUUGCAGACUUUUCCACAUUGCCAAAAUCAGCCAAAUGUACAGCCAUGACACUGAAAAUCUGUUAGUGCUUUCUGUAACCCAACAAACUCUUCCUGGCACUUCUUUCCACAACUCUCCCUAACGCUUCCAUUGUUGUAAUUCCUGCAACAAGUUACCUCUCGCGACAUUUCAGAACAAGACUUGGUCACAGUAACAAAUAGUCCAGCAAAGGGUAAGGAAAGUACUUUAUUUUUCAGUAGGGUCCUUUCCGUAAUGUUGUCAAGUCACUUAUAAUAACAAUCUGAGCCUGUCUGUGACAAAAACAAACAGUUUUAGUGGACAUAACUUGAGGAUGCACAAUUGCCCAGUGUGAUUACAUUGCAGUCUGUUUCGUCACUGUGGCUGUAGCCCUCUCUCUCAUUACUGGACCAAUUUCAAAUACUGUUGUCUCCAGUAGUCACUUAGAUCCAAACAUCGGGGAAAAUUGGGUCCAGGUUGAAAAAUACACAAGUUUCCCUUAAAUAAUCAAAAUGUUGACUGCAUUCCAUUAUGGUGUUGCAGGUUUCAGGGCCCUGGUCUCAUGCAUUAUUGAUGUUAUAAAUUACAUUUCUGAUUUUCCUGCAUUGAAAAGUCAGAAUGUUUUGCAGUUAGUGAAAAUGUGGUGUUAGAAAAAGGAAGUCUUGGUCCAAGUUUUCCCAAUUCCAUUUCCACCACUGAUAAAGACAGUCAGGAGUGAAUCUUGUGGGUUUGCUUGCACUCCCUCAUCAUAUAAGGGAGUGAGGUUGACUCAUGGCAGUAUGCAUAACUAUGCAUGGAUGAACCUAAACUUACUGGCAUGGCAUUUGUUACUGGAUGCCAACCCAAGAUAGUGACCCAUGUACUGUACCUGUAAGAUGCCCACAUUUGGUUGCUCUCACAUGACUUUGGGUGUGAUAUUUGCAUGGGUUCCUUCAGUAUAUACAAAAUGCAUUGCAUAAUGUGCAUGUUUAUUGAGGUCUGUGUGGUAAACUCAUCUAUAUCUACAUACAAAACAUGCAUAUAUGGGCUAGUCUCAGCUGUGAGUGUGUAUUACAUUCUGCCGAGCAAGCUGAUUAGGCCAUGUUAUGCCACAGGCAAGGAUGAGGCUGGAGCCUGGAAAUAGGAUAGCUGGUUGCCCUAAUACAUGUCAGCACAGUGACACAGAUGGAAUGACAAGUAAUAAACAUGUACAUAGUUGCUGUUCCUGUGUGCGGCACACAUGGCAAACACCUGGCUCUGAAAACUCUCAGAAUUGACAGUUUCUGCUCUAUACUGGCACUCUGAGGUGAUGUAAAGCAGCUGAAUAUGCUGGGCUUCAAUAAUGUACUAAAUGGAUGACCUGAAUUUCAAUAUUCUGCACUUUUUACACGCCCACACUGCAAACUCAGACCGUAGCCUAUUUAGGCACAUGUAUGUAUGUGCUCAAACACACAGAGACAAAGGCAUCAGCUCUGCCUCCAUAAUCGACUCACGAAUCAGCUCUGAGUACUGGGUAAAAGCUUCAAAGAAGUGCUCUGCUCUCACUAACGCUACAUUACUGACACUAACUAAAAAUCUGAAAUUUAAAAGAGACGCUUUGGGAAGGAAGCUUGUUAACUUUCAUGCAAAGACUAAGAUGAGAAAUUUGAUACCACUUCCAUGUCUGUACACUGAGGCUACAGCCAGUAGUUUGUUAGCUUAGCUUAGCAUAAAGCCUGGAAACAGAAAUAGUCACACAACUGUGAGAACAUAGAUAUAUUUUGCAUCAAUACAAUCCCACAAUGCAAUGUGGGAUUGUUAGCACAAAGUAGUGUACAUGCCAGAACAGAUUUUGUUUGUUUGUUUUUUCCAUCUAGUCCUGCCCCACUGUGCUGUGAUUGGCUAGUGCUAACCCCAGCCAUGACCUCUUUGCCAGACAGAUGAUGAAUGGAAAUGGAUGACAGAUCCAUUUCACAGUCCCCCAAUCCCAAAUGGAUCCCUUAAAGACUCGUUGACUCAAGCCCUAAGCCCUUACAGACCUAGGACCAAUUCCAUUUCUUCCCCUUAGCCCUUGUCUUGGCCCUUCCCCUUGGUUUUGCGCAUUCACGUGAGGGGAAGUGGUGUCCCUAUUCUCCAUCAGGUUAGCUCUUAACCGGAUUACAGUUAAAGCGUAAAACAUAGCCUAUUCGCCACCUUUUAACACACCUACACUUUGCAUAACCUGAUGGAUCACAGCCAUGCGUAAAAUGUAGCCUAUACUGGCAACUUCUGGUAAAACUAGGCUUAAAGGAGCUAUAUGUAAGAAAUCUAAAGCAAAUAGUUGUAAAAUCAUCCUAAUAUGUCACAGAGACUAAGGAAUAAUGUUCAUGUAACAUACUGAUCUCACCAACAACAAUAGUACAGCCAGAAUAUUCGCAUUUUAAAUUUUUUUUACGGUCGGCAAAUCAUGUUUAUGUUUUGAAUUUGUGUUUUGGCCUGUUGCGCCACCCACCGCCGUCUACCAGUCACGCAGUCAGUAGAGUCUCAGCAUCAGUUACAGUUACGACUGAGCUACAGCAGCACAGCAAGCAGCAUUAGCAGUGUCCCGGUACAUAGCAUUAGCAGCCGGCUCCUCCUCAGCUGUAUCCCGGCAGCAGCGUUAGCAGCAGAGAAGCCAGACUUGCUUGAACGGUCCCCUGGAAAACCGAAGAUCAAGGACGCAGCGACGCGGCCCUGCCACGGCAGCCACCCGUGGGCAAACAAAUCAGUCUCCAGCGUGCCGCUGUCCAGCAACCUCGAAUCUGUAGGGGAGGGGGGGCGGACACGACUCGCGGCAGUAUUUUGAAUUUGAGUGCAGUAACCGUUUUGGCCACAUUCUUACAUACAGCGCCUUUAACAGAGCCUAGUGUAUUUGCUCCAAACCGAUGGUCACUCCGAUGGAAAUGCAUCUAAUUCACAUUUCUGUUUUUGCAAGAUUUCAAAAGUUUGUUUAAUAUUCCCUUGACUAGAAACAUAGCUGAUGACAGUCACUCACUUUUACUAUAUAGUAACUAAAUAUAGACCACCCUGCCCCAUUUUAUUUCAGUUUUUGAAUUCUGAAUGCGUAAUUUGUUAAACUUAUAAUGCAUGCCCUGCAUUUAGCUGGGCAACUGUUAGGCCUAGCUAUAAUGCUAAGCUAAGCUAACAGGCUACUGGCUGUGGUUUCAACAUACAGACCUUAGAGUGGCAAUAAUCUGCUCAUUUCAAAAGUGAAAAAGCAUUUUUCCUAAAAUGUCAAACUAUCUCUUUAAGUUGACAUACAGUGGUAUUAACGGGGAUGUUGUUGUGCUUGAGAAUGGAUUUUUGUUUUCCUCGCAUCAUUCACCAGCCAGGCCGAGGUAGUGGUCAGGAUGUGCUUCAGGACAGAGAUGCACUGAGCUUGUUAGGGUCACAUCAAUAGCACAGCUGUGACUGCGAGCCAGUGCAGCGAGUAGACGAGGAAAUGCACACAGCUAUUGGACGCAGAAUCUCCUGCAGGCGUGUUUCCUGCCCGCGGUUGUUUGCACCAUUGUGUGCAUCCACUGAGCUGAGGGCAAAGCGGCCACUGUAAAACGCCCGCAGAUGGGAGAUGUGACAUCAAGUAAGAGCGGCUCUAACCGACCGUAAUAGCCCUCUGACACAUCUACUUACAAACACGCUCACUCACACACAAACACACACAAAAUAGGACCAAAAUCCUUUAGUCACGGAGCAGUGCUAUUACUUACACCAAAGUUAGAAAUGUGGGCUAUAUUUCCAGAGACUGGCGCUUGGAAAAUGGGUGCCUGUGUUUCAGUUAUUUCAAGAAAAUUUCAUCAUUACUCACUGCCACAUAUGGAUGACAGCACCAAAUUACCGUCGGCUAAAUCCAACCUCCCCAUACCGCUGUGCUGAGCUGGAACAUAAAGGAACUGCUGCAACUUAUAUUAAGUUCAAUAUAUUUCUUAUGCUUACAGUUGUAAACAUACAGUGUGUGAUGAGUGCUCCUGCUUUGUGCUUUCUUUUGCUGUCAUUUGUCACUUCAGAGUUUGACCUCAUUGAAGCACAGACAGAGGGACACAAAUGAGUUAUCGUCAUCAUAUUAUACUAGAAAUUGUUCAUCAGCUGGAUUAAUUUCAACCUAAUGAAAUGAUUGUGUUCCAUCCUAUGUUAUUUUUUCUAAUGGACUCGUUAGCUCUGCUCUGCCCUCCUCUGCCACAGUGGCUAUUGAUUGAUGGUGAAGAGUGAGUCCCUGCCUCCACUUGGCAGAGAGGAGGAUGGUCCUACUGCUGUUACAUAUCUGCACACAGGCUCAGGGGCCUGCCAACUCUGUAUCCUUCCCCAGCAAUAAAAGGUCAUUUGAGAGGAGAUUGUGUGUCCUUUUGUGCGUCACAGUUCUGCCUGGAGAAGUGUUUUUUGCUUUGUCUUGUUGUUCGACCUCUCCUCCUGCUCUUUAAAUGUACUUUUCCCCUCUUUUGCUCUCUGGGUAUUUGGAAGGUUUGCGGGUAUCUAAUUAGCAUCCAAGGCAGAGACCUGGACGGUG